AUGGAUAUUCAAGACGACCAACCAGAACAAGCCAGGGGAGUGCAUGUCACCUACACCAAUGAUCCUGUAGAAGCCGAAGCAUGGCUAAGAAAUAAUGUUAUGGAUAUCGACACUAGAGCCUUGGGCUUCGACAUCGAAUGGAAACCGCAAUUCGUAAAGAAGAAAUUAGGUGGCAAGGAAAACAAAACAGCUGUAUUGCAACUCUCAACCGAAACUGCCACCCUGGUUCUCCAUAUAAUACACGUAAAGACACUCCCAAGACAUCUUGUUGACAUUCUAGCUGAUCAGAGCAUUCUUAAAGUGGGAUGCGGUAUUCGUCCAGAUGUUAUCAAACUGUUAAGGGAUACCGGUUUACAAUGUAAAGGUGCUAUAGAUUUGGUUGAGCUGGCAUCAAGGUCAGGCUAUACUAAACAACAUGGUCAAGGCCUGAAAACGUUAGCUAUGAAUGUACUGGGGAUUGAAAUGACUAAACCAAAAAGAGUACAAUUGAGUAACUGGGAAUUCCUGCCCCUGACACGAAGUCAGAUUUGUUAUGCUGCGUUAGAUGCUUGGGUUGGCAUUAAGCUCCAUUCGCACAUGCAAAAACAGAUGAACAAUGGCAAAAAUGCAAAGUCUGAAAUCGACGGUUUGAUAGAUGUCCAGCCAAGUGACAUUGUGAUUGUAUGUUGUAAUGUCUGCGGUAAGAAGUGUAAAGGUGAGGGUAAGUUGCAGGAACACAUGGGUAAUGCAGGCCAUAGUCAGUGCCCAAAAUGUGGAAUGAUGUUUGUGUUUGCUGUAACAAGAAAACACCGUAAUAAGUGUACUGGUUCUGAAGGCCAUUCUUCACAAAGUGCUAACUUAAAGACAGUAUUCUGA